ACAGUUGAAGUGGGAGUGGGGCAGGUCAAAGAGCAUUAAUUUCGAAUGCGCAGGUUAAAUUUUUGAUAACAAAAAGUCAGCAUUUAAUUAGAAUUCAUUUCGAGUAACAACAAACAAGAAAUGAUUGAGGAGGAACAACUAUUGCGCGAGAUAGAUGUACUGAGAAAGAUUUUGCGUGAAAAGGAGCUCCAGUUAAAAGAGUUACGAAGUGAAAAGCAGAUCGUUCAAUCCUGUGGAUUGAAUAAUGAAGAAAUUACCAGAUUCAGUAGACAGAUUUUGAUCCCCCAAAUUGGUGUAGAAGGACAAUUGAGGCUAAAGCACUCCUCCGUUCUGAUAGUUGGUGCUGGAGGACUUGGAUGCCCUGCAGCUUUAUAUUUAGCUGGUGCUGGUGUAGGGCGCAUUGGAAUAGUAGACUACGAUGAAGUCGAAUUGAGUAAUCUUCAUAGGCAGUUAUUGUACUCGGAGCAAAACAUCAGUGAAGCUAAAGUUGUAGCUACUACACGAGUGUUGAAUCGAUUAAAUAGCAAUAUCAACAUUAUUCCGUAUAAGAUCCAAUUGGACAGCAGUAAUGGUCUAGAUAUAGUCAGACAGUAUAAUAUUGUUCUGGACACCACCGAUAAUGUAGCAACUCGAUAUCUGUUGAAUGAUGCUUGUGUGCUAGCCGGAAAGCCGCUGGUAUCUGGAUCUGCCUUAAAAUUUGAGGGACAAUUGACUGUCUAUAACUAUGGGGGUCCUUGCUACAGGUGUCUAUUCCCAAAACCACCACCACCUGAAACCGUAACUAAUUGUGGUGACGGUGGUGUUCUAGGCGCAGCUGUAGGAACAAUAGGAGUUCUCCAAGCUUUAGAGGCACUGAAAAUUGUUUUGAGGAUGCCCGGUGUCCUCUCCGGUAGAUUGCUGCUAUUUGACGCAGCGGAAACAUUGUUUAGAAAUGUAAAACUGCGGCCUCGAAAUCCAGCCUGCUCCAUCUGUGGUGAGACACCAACGAUUAAAGGGCUGAUCGAUUACGAACAAUUCUGUGGUGCUAAAGCAAACGACAAAAAUCCAAAUUUAAAAUUACUCGAAGAUGUUGAAAGAAUUUCAGUCACAGAUUAUUAUGAACUAAUCUAUCUGAAAAUGAAGCGUCAUGUAUUGAUCGAUGUGCGGUCACCAGAGGAAUUCGAAAUAUGCGGAUUGAGAAGUUCUGUUAACAUUCCUUUCACCAAAAUUGCCAAAGAAGAUAACAAGUUACUCAUAAAAGAAGAAAUUGCAAAAGUUAGAUAUGGAGAUGAACUUGUAGAUGUAAUUGUGAUAUGCCGACGAGGAAACGAUUCUCAAAAGGCAGUGAAAGCACUGAAAAAAUCGAUGAAUGACGCAUCUGUAAACAUUCGAGAUAUCAUUGGCGGUCUCCAUGCGUGGGCUCACUACAUUGAUCCCACAUUCCCCAUCUACUGAUUACAUAUUUUACUGGUUCCGGGUUAUUACUCACACGUCCAUUGUUUAAAGAUGGGAUCAUACCUGGAACUGAAUCUACCGGUGUCUCAGUCCUGUAUCCGAGAUAUGUGGCAAGCUUCAAGGUUCAUCAGGUGGUAAACUAGUCUCUGGAUGUCUGUAAUGAGCAUCGGGUAGAGUUCGUAACCUUUCAGCGGCUUGUUCGGGUGUUAAAUCUCUCUGGCCUUGAGCUAAAAGUUCGUACCCGACCAUGUGCUUCUUUAUCGAUGCCGACCGCAGCAAUGGAGGAAGAUAAAUACCAUGGAAAGUCCAGUAACGGUAAUCCUCAUUCAUAUGCGGACCCGUCGGAGCACCUAUUGUAUGAAUUUUGGAUAAAUAUUUUUCCAACA